AGCGAAUGCGACAUGCGAGUUCGAGUUCCCGUCAUAUGUAUAGAAAGUGUGUUUAUUGAAAGCGACUGAAUUUCUAAAAAAUGGAAAGUAAUAAAUACAUGUUACUGCGUUACAAUAUUUCUGUCGAUGAUGUUCGGGAAGAAAUGAAUUCUCGUAACAUAUUAAGUCGGUUUCAUGAAGAAAUUCUCGAUCGAGUUAAAAAAUCGUCUCCUUACAAAAAAUUAAAGGAAAUUUCAUUGAAUCAAUUUAUAAAUGUUGAAGCUCAGUCUGAUAGCGAAGAUGUCAAAGCAGCAACUGCGAAGAAACUUGAUGCAGCUAACGUUGGACUGUUGGCAUUAUCGGUUGAUAAUGUUCUUCGAAGAGAAAUAAAAGAAAGCUUGAAAAGUAUCCCUUACUCUCUUAUGGAGGACAUUGUUGCAUCAAUUGCCUCCAGAAAGCAUCCGGAGCCAUCAAAUAAAAGGGAUAUAACUCAAAAGGAAACAGCAUCUGAAAGUAGUGGAAAUUCCUUUGUGUCUUGCGAUUCACCGUCAGAGAUGAUUAAAGACAAACAUUUUCUUCAAAGCCUUCAUCGUUUACUCGCAGGCUCAACAGCAAGCCUUGCUUGUGUAAAGCAACAUGUUGAUGAAAUAGUAGUUGCAGAUGAUUGUAGAGCUGAUAUUACGGAAAAAAAGCUUGAACAGAAGGAAGCAGAUUUCAAUUCUGAAGAAGAUGCUUUUAUUAAGAAAAUAAAAAAAGAUGAUUUGUUCAGUAUUCCUGAGUCUAAUGAACAUUCAAAAGCUAUCCAAAAUCUUGAAAAUAUUUUUGAUAGUGAAGAUAGUGAUAAAGAUUUGGACUUGCUAAUAGAGACAAAUUCAAAUUGUUCAGCUGAUUCUAUACAUACCAGUGAUUUAUCAACAUAUGAUGAUACAAUAAGUAUUUCAUCUGAAGAUGAAGAAAUUUUGGGGAAAAAACACAUCUCUGUAAAAGAAGCUACAGAAAUUUGUUAUGGCACUCCAGUUGCAUCUGAUAGUAAGAAUAUGGGACAUAGCAGUAGUUUUGAAAAACUUACCAAGAUAAAAAGUGAAGCAGAACGUGCUGAAAAUAUUUCGCCUAGUUCUGAAUCCCCUCGAAAAGAACUACCUCAACGUAAAAGGAAGCAAAAUCCGAAGUAUAGUUCCGAAGAUAUUCUUUCAUAUUCUCAAAUAUUUCCAAAAAAAAUAAAGAAGUGAUGUGCCUUUUUUCUUGGAUUAUAAAAGAAAAUAUUAUAAAAUAAUUACUCUAUUGUGCAAUGACUAUUCAGAUAUUUUAGUGUAAUUAUUUGUAAAGUUGCAUAAAUUAUAAUAAAGAAUUUU